AUGGAUAAAAUUAUCGAUGGGGAUUUCCAUACUUGCACACAAAUCCAGCUGUUGUCAGAUGCUUGCCAUCCGUGUUACCAGUCAGAUGUGUUUCACAACAACUUGUCUCGCAGAGCUGUCAGCCCUCCACAAGCAGUUGGCUGUAGUACUCCCAUCCUCAAAAUCUACUUUGUCCAAUCCUUUAAACUCCUGGGAUUUCUUGAUGUUCAGAGUGUCCCAUGUGCACGAGAAUCAGUGCUCUAUGGCUCUGUGGGAUCUUUAGUUGUGGGCCUUGGAUAUUUUUUAGCAACUAGUAGAGUUAGAAGAUCUUGUGACUUUGCAGUUGGUGGCUUUAUUUGUACCACGUUAGGAUACUGGUUUUACUGCAGGUACAAUUUGGCCCAACAAAGGAUCCGGCAAAGAAUGCUUAAAGAAGCAGUGAGGAACAAAAUUUUGUAUGAAGGCAGUCAUUUUGAUCCAGCAAGAAAACAAACUGGCAAUGAAAGAAGCGAUUCAUAG